CUUUUCGUCCCCGUCUGAUUAGUCCAAGCGCGUCUACUAAGAAAGCAGGUUUCCUGAACCCGGCACAAAACGUAUUAGCACACGACAUGGGUGGAGCCCAAAGCUCAGAACAAGGACGAUUUGGCUUUCACGUACUCAAAGUCAAGGAGAAUUCCCCAGCAUACCAUGCAGGAAUCGACCAGUUCUUUGACUACAUUGUUGGAAUUAAUGGCGUCAGAGUAGAUAACGGAGAUAGCCAGACGCUACUACAAAUCCUGCAAGAAUCUGAGGAAAAGUCGAUUCCACUGGAGAUAUAUUCAAGCAAAGACCAAUCGAUACGAGAGGUGAUGCUUACGCCUAGUCGGGAGUGGUGCAAAGAUAUUCCUGGUGAAAACAGCUUAAUAGGAUGCUCAAUACGGUACUGCUCAUACGAAAGAGCAGGCGAACAUGUCUGGCACAUACUUGAUGUAGCACCCAACUCGCCCGCAGAAAUGGCAGGCGUGAUCCCACACACAGAUUACAUUAUCGGAUCGCCUCAAGCGGUACUGGACAGCGAAGAUAGCUUUUACGAUCUGGUUGAAGAGCAUGUCGGCAAACCAUUGAGACUCUAUUUGUACAAUUCUGAAUGGGACAGUUGUCGCGAGGCAAUCAUUAUUUCCAACCACGAUUGGGGAGGCAAUGGAUCGCUUGGAUGCGAUGUGGGAUAUGGAUUGUUGCAUCGGAUACCUAGGAAGUCUGUCAGUACAAGACCUUCAGAAGAUAAUUAUGAGCACGCCCAUCAGCAGCAGCAACAGCAGCAACAGCAGCAGCAGCAAGCAUCAGUUUAUAGCAACGUUAUUUUUAGUUCUGCAGAUAUUGAUGAGCCAUCACAGCAACCAUCGCCACCACGAUUACCGGCAUCAUCCGCCCGAAUGGAUACAAAGAAAGAAGAGCAAGAUACACAGGCUCCUGAGGAUAACAACGCUGUAGUAGACGAAGCUCGUAAAGUUGCAUUACCAGAUUCUCCAGAAAUAAACUAGAGCGGCUGUUGUGUACUGUACAUAAACUAAAGAAAAAAGCACGAGGCGAUCCGCCAUUUUAUUUUUUCGUUCUCCUUUUGUGUCACCAACAAUCAAAUUACAAAUGUGGACGUGCACCACCACACUACAACCAC